UAUCAAUUGAAAAUAUCUGGUGAGACCUCUCCGUUGAAUAUUAAAUUCAGUCUUUGCUUGGCAGCUUUAUAGUCUAGUAGUACUUAGCGGUAGUUCGGAAUAAUGGAAAAGCUCUUUGUGGCAUGUCUAAUCUGUUCUCUACAGAUAAUUGUUGUGCAAGGCGAGGGCAUGAUUGAGGUCUUCAAAUGGAAGCAGAUGGACUUUCAUAAUCGCGGGGAUGGGUCAAAUGGCCCGGUUGUUGGUAUUGGUCCGGUUAGAAAGCCUGUUCCCUCCGAAGACUUGCCCAUAGUGUUUCCGGGUCGUUAUGGACGGGAUCGUAAAAAACGUGACGUGAUCACCUCCAGAGAUGUUAACCCCAUAGGCAUAAGUGCCCGCACUAUAACUAGCAAUGACGACACUCCGUAUAUUGCAUACAACAAUGUCCCAAUGGGUGCAACACAUUUUCAAGGACGCCUUUUUGUAACGAUGCCUAGGAGGCGUGUCGGCAUACCCUCGACAUUAAACUUCAUUGAUAUGCGCCGUGAGGGCAAGCAGGGCAGCAGUCCUAAGUUAUACGCCUAUCCGGAUUUUGAGACAAACCAAUUUAAUCACAGCUCCCGGAAUUUGGUAUCUGUUUAUAGGACAACAGUCGACGAUUGCCAAAGAUUAUGGUUCAUUGACACCGGAAUGUUGGAGUAUCCAAACAAUCGUCAACAAAUCAGACGCCCCAGUAUUUGGAUCGUAGACCUAAAAACCGAUAGAGUGAUCAAAAGAUUCGAUAUACCUGAGAGUAUAGCAGAGACUGGACGUGGUCUGGCCAGUCUUACCAUCGACAUUGAAAAUAAGCGAGAUUGCAGUGCUGCUUAUGCUUAUAUACCGGAUCUCGUGUAUCGUCGCUUAUAUGUUUACAGUCUCGCCCAGAAUCGUAUGUGGUCAUUUGAGCACAACUACUUUAACUUCGAUCCGUUGGCUGGUGAUCUAGACAUUGGAGAUCAGACCUUCCGCUGGGAUGAUGGUAUUUUUUCCAUUACAUUGGGACCCCAUCAGAACGAUGGCAGUCGUAGUGUUUACUUCCAUCCCAUGGCUAGUAAUAACGAAUUUGUGGUCUCCAAUCGAGUGCUACAACUUGAGUCCAAUGCGGCUCGUUCAGAUCACGGAAAUGACUUUAGAGUUUUGGGUAGCCGUGGAGAAAAAAAACAAUCCACCAUGCAUGUUUAUGAUCCUCGUACACAGGUGGUUUUCUAUGAUGAGAUACAAACCAAUGGCGUGGGCUGUUGGAACACUAAGAAGCCAUUUUCCGCGGCCAAUCAUGGUACCGUUGUUGCCAAUGCCAGAGAAAUGAUCUACCCAAGUGAUUUGACGAUCGAUGCAGAUGGCACCAUUUGGGUAAUGACCAAUUCAAUGCCAAUUUUUAUUUACUCCACACUGGAAACAGAUGUCUAUAAUUUCCGCAUCUGGAAGCAAAAUGUACACGAGGCUAAACGUAAUACUGUCUGUGAGUGA